UAAAGCCACGGGAGGUGCGCAGUGAAAGCCUAUAGCACCCGAAGCACAGGUAAUUUACACCGGCACAGCCACAGUCUAGCCGCACUCAUAGCCCGGUUUGUCCUGGAAAUGUUUGCUGCAGCUUUUCUAUACGGAGGCCUGGAAAAUGUCAAAGCGGGAAUUUUUGGUUGCCUCUCGGUUGGUUGGAAUUUCUCCUUCAGCAAUCCUGAGAUUAGCCUCGGCUGCUGCGGCUCUGUCCGUCACGUAUUUGGAACUCUUCGCCACGUUGUCCCAUCAGCGUCUUUUUAGCUAACGGCGGGAGAAGACUGCGCUUCCCAUCAGCCAGCAUGGCCACAUUUCCAAAAAACGAUGGAUUUUGCUGUAAUGGUGGGAUCCACUGGAUGUCAUCUCUGACGACCUAUCAUGAGUGGCAGUACGCCCAGACAGGCUCCGCCCUCAUCGAGCUGACAGGUUUCAGGAGAAAUGAGGAGAUGAGAGCAAUGGAGGUCCUUCCCAUCCUGAAAGAAAAAGUUGCCUUUUUGUCAGGCGGCAGAGACAAACGCGGUGGCCCGGUGUUAACGUUUCCAUCACGCAGCAACCACGACAGAAUACGACAGGACGACCUGAGGAGACUCAUCGCCUACCUCGCUGGAAUCCCCAGCGAGGAGGUGUGUAAACAUGGCUUCACGGUCAUCGUGGACAUGCGCGGCUCCAAGUGGGACAGCAUCAAGCCUCUGCUGAAGAUCCUGCAGGAGUCGUUCCCCUCCUGCAUCCACGUCGCCCUCAUCAUCAAACCCGACAACUUCUGGCAGAAGCAGAGGACCAACUUCGGCAGUUCCAAGUUCGAGUUCGAGACCACCAUGGUGUCAUUAGAGGGCCUGUCCAAGGUAGUGGACCCCUCCCAGCUGACGGCAGACUUCGAGGGCAGUCUGGACUACAACCACGAAGAGUGGAUAGAGGUGCGGGUGGCAUUUGAAGAGUUCUCGGGCCACGCCAGCCAGAUGCUGGCCCGACUAGAGGAGAUGCAGGAAACAGUGGCAAGGAAGGACUUUCCCCAAGACCUGGAGGGAGCCAGGAGGAUGAUAGAGGAGCAUGCCACACUGAAGAAGAAAGUCAUCAAAGCCCCUAUAGAGGAGCUGGACACUGAGGGACAGAGGUUGCUCCAACGCAUCCAGAGCAGCGAGUCCUUCUCCAACCGGAACGGCAGCAGUGGCGGCAGUGGCAGCAUCAGCGGCAGCAGCAGCGGUGGUGGAGUGUGUAACGCCGACACCCAGGGCCUGGUCCCACGGGUCACCCAGCUGCUGGACAAGUUGCAUUCCACCCGUCAGCACCUCCACCAGGCCUGGCACGUCCGCAAGCUCCAGCUGGACCAGUGCUUCCAGCUGCGCCUCUUCGAGCAGGACGCCGAGAAGAUGUUUGACUGGAUCAUGCACAACAAGGGUUUGUUCCUGGCAGGCUACACAGAGAUUGGCAACAACCACCCCCACGCUGUAGAGCUUCAAACCCAGCACAAUCACUUCGCUAUGAACUGCAUGAAUGUGUACGUGAACAUCAACCGGAUCAUGUCGGUGGGGAACCGACUGCUAGAGUCGGGUCAUUACGCCUCCCAGCAGAUCAAGCAGAUCUCAGGCCAGCUGGAGCAGGAGUGGAAGGCCUUCGCCGCAGCGCUGGACGAGCGUAGCACACUGCUGGAGAUGUCGGCCAGCUUCCACCAGAAGUGUGACCAGUAUAUGAGUAACGUGGAUUCAUGGUGUAAGGCGUGCGGCGAGGUAGAUUUGCCCUCUGAGCUGCAAGACUUAGAGGACGCCAUCCACCACCACCAAGGCCUGUACGAACACAUCACUGCUGCCUACUCUGAGGUGAGCCAGGAUGGCAAAGCCCUGCUGGACAAGCUGCAGCGACCUUUGACCCCGGGCAGCGCCGAUUCGCUGACGGCGUCAGCCAACUAUUCCAAGGCAGUGCACCACGUCCUGGACAUCAUCCAUGAGGUGCUGCAUCACCAGAGACAGCUGGAGAACAUCUGGCAGCACCGCAAAGUGCGGCUGCACCAGCGCCUGCAGCUCUGCGUCUUCCAGCAGGACGUCCAACAGGUGCUGGACUGGAUUGAAAACCACGGCGAGGCGUUCCUCAGCAAACACACGGGCGUGGGGAAGUCCCUCCACCGAGCCCGCGCCCUACAGAAACGCCACGAAGACUUUGAGGAAGUGGCCCAGAAUACGUACACCAAUGCUGAUAAGCUGCUGGAGGCGGCGGAGCAGCUGGCCCAGACCGGGGAGUGCGACCCGGAGGAGAUCUACCAGGCCGCCCACCAGCUAGAGGACCGGAUCCAAGACUUUGUUCGCCGCGUGGAGCAGCGCAAAGUCCUGCUGGACAUGUCUGUCGCCUUCCACACACACGUCAAAGAGUUAUGGACAUGGCUGGAGGAGCUUCAGAAGGAGCUACUAGACGACGUGUACGCUGAGUCAGUGGAGGCCGUCCAGGACCUGAUCAAACGCUUCGGCCAGCAGCAGCAGACCACACUGCAGGUCACUGUCAACGUCAUCAAGGAGGGAGAGGACCUCAUCCAGCAACUGAGGGACUCGGCCAUCUCCAGCAACAAGACGCCCCACAACAGCUCCAUCAACCACAUCGAGAGCGUCCUGCAGCAGCUGGACGAGGCCCAGGCGCAGAUGGAGGAGCUCUUCCAGGAGAGGAAGAUCAAACUGGAGCUCUUCCUCCAGCUCCGCAUCUUUGAGAGGGACGCCAUCGAUAUCAUCUCGGACCUGGAGUCGUGGAACGAGGAGCUGACAGGUCAGAUGAAUGAGUUUGACACGGAGGACCUGACGCUGGCAGAGCAGAGGCUGCAGCACCACGCCGACAAGGCCCUGACCAUGAACAACCUCACCUUCGAUGUCAUCCACCAGGGACAGGAGCUGCUGCAGUACGUCAACGAAGUGCAGGCCUCCGGCGUGGAGCUGCUGUGUGACCGGGACGUCGACAUGGCCACACGGGUUCAGGACCUGCUGGAGUUCCUCCACGAGAAGCAGCAGGAGCUGGACCUGGCAGCCGAGCAGCACCGCAGACACCUGGAGCAGUGUGUGCAGCUGAGACACCUGCAGGCUGAAGUCAAACAGGUCCUGGGUUGGAUCCGUAACGGAGAAUCGAUGCUGAACGCCGGCCUGAUCACUGCCAGCUCCCUGCAGGAGGCCGAGCAGCUCCAGAGAGAGCACGAGCAGUUCCAGCAUGCCAUCGAGAAAACCCACCAGAGCGCCCUGCAGGUGCAGCAGAAGGCAGAGGCUCUGCUGCAGGCCAACCACUACGACAUGGACCUGAUCAGGGACUGUGCCGAGAGCGUCGCCUCCCACUGGCAGCAGCUCAUGCUGAAGAUGGAAGAUCGACUGAAGCUGGUCAACGCCUCCGUGGCCUUUUACAAGACCUCCGAGCAGGUCUGCAGUGUGUUGGAGAGCCUGGAGCAGGAGUACAAGAGGGAGGAGGACUGGUGCGGAGGAGCCGACAAACUGGGACCCAACUGUGAAACGGACCACGUCACCCCCAUGAUCAGCAAACACCUGGAGCAGAAAGAGGCCUUCCUCAAGGCAUGCACUCUGGCGAGACGAAACGCCGAUGUGUUUCUCAAGUACAUGCACAGGAACAGCGUCAACAUGCCUGGGAUGCUGAGCCACGUCAAAGCACCAGAGCAGCAGGUCAAGAACAUCCUCAAUGAGCUGCUGCAGAGAGAGAACCGAGUCCUCCACUUCUGGACCAUGAGGAAACGUCGCCUGGACCAGUGUCAGCAGUAUGUGGUGUUUGAACGCAGUGCCAAGCAGGCUCUGGAAUGGAUCCACGACACGGGGGAGUUCUACCUGUCCACACACACCUCUACCGGCUCCAGCAUUCACCACACCCAGGAGCUGCUGAAGGAGCACGAGGACUUCCACAUCACAGCCAAGCAAACCAAGGAGCGUGUGAAGCUGCUGAUCCAGCUGGCUGACGGGUUCUGCGAUAAGGGCCAUAGCCACGCUGUGGAGAUAAAGAAAUGGGUGACAGCAGUGGACAAGCGUUACCGAGACUUCUCCCUGCGCAUGGACAAGUACCGCUGCAGCCUGGAAAAAGCCCUGGGCAUCUCCUCCGACUCCAACAAGGCUAGCAAAGAUCUUCAGCUGGACAUCAUCCCGGCCACAGCCCCGGGGUCAGAGGUCAAGCUGAGGGACGCCGCCCAUGAGCUCAAUGAGGAGAAGCGCAAGUCGGCACGCAGAAAGGAGUUCAUCAUGGCAGAGCUGAUUCAGACAGAAAAAGCCUACGUGCGAGACCUGCGGGAGUGCAUGGAUACGUACCUGUGGGAGAUGACCAGUGGAGUGGAGGAGAUUCCUCCUGGGAUCAUCAACAAAGAGCACAUCAUCUUUGGAAACAUGCAGGACCUCUACGAGUUCCACCACAACAUCUUCCUCAAAGAGCUGGAGAAAUAUGAGCAACUACCAGAGGAUGUGGGCCAUUGCUUUGUCACAUGGGCUGAUAAGUUCCAGAUGUAUGUGAACUACUGUAAGAACAAGCCCGACUCCACCCAGCUCAUCCUGGAGCAUGCCGGGCCCUACUUUGAUGAGAUCCAACAGAGGCACCGACUGGCCAACUCCAUCUCCUCGUACCUGAUCAAGCCCGUGCAGAGAAUCACCAAGUAUCAGCUCCUGCUAAAGGAGCUAUUGACGUGCUGCGAAGAGGGUAAAGGAGAGAUCAAGGACGGCCUGGAGGUGAUGCUCAGCGUUCCCAAGAGAGCCAACGACGCCAUGCACCUCUCCAUGCUGGAAGGUUUUGAUGAGAACAUUGAGUCGCAGGGUGAACUGAUCCUCCAGGAGUCCUUCCAGGUCUGGGAUCCAAAGACUCUGAUCCGUAAGGGCAGAGAGCGCCACCUCUUCCUGUUCGAGAUGUCGCUGGUCUUCAGCAAGGAGGUCAAGGACUCCAACGGCAGGAGCAAAUACAUCUACAAGAGCAAACUGUUUACAUCAGAGUUGGGGGUGACGGAGCAUGUUGAAGGAGACCCCUGUAAGUUUGCUCUCUGGGUGGGACGAACUCCAACCUCAGACAACAAGAUUGUGCUCAAGCUAAGUCAGGGAUGCAAACAUGGAGCCAUGGCGUCGAGCAUUGAGAACAAGCAGGACUGGAUCAAGCACAUCAGGGAGGUGAUCCAGGAGCGCACCAUUCACCUGAGGGGGGCGCUCAAGGAGCCCAUCCACAUCCCCAAGGCCACCACAGCCAAGCACAAGGGGCGAAGGGAUGGAGAGGACCUGGACAGUCAAGGUGAAGGCAGCAGCCAACCAGACACCAUCUCCCUGGCCUCACGCACCUCACAGAACACACUGGACAGCGACAAGCUCUCUGGUGGCUGUGAGCUGACCGUCGUCAUCCACGACUUCAUGGCAGGCAACAGCAAUGAGCUGACGGUGCGGCGCGGCCAGACGGUGGAGGUUCUGGAGCGUUGCCACGACAAGCCGGACUGGUGCCUGGUCAGGACCACGGACCGCUCCCCCGCCCACGAGGGCCUGGUGCCCUGCUCCAUGCUCUGCAUCGCCCACUCCAGAUCCUCCAUGGAGAUGGAGGGCAUCUUCAACCACAAAGACACCCUGUCAGUGUGCAGUAACGACUCCAUCAUGCCGGGGUCGUCUGCCACCCUACAGCCAGGUCACGGCAUGGGCUCCCACACCUCGCCCGGGCCCAAGCGACCAGGUAACACCCUGCGGAAGUGGCUCACCAGCCCGGUGCGCCGGCUCAGCAGCGGCAAGGCGGACGGCCACGUGAAGAAGCUGGCGCACAAGCACAAGAAGAGCCGCGAGGUGAGGAAGAGCGGGGAGAUGACCAUGGGAUCCCAGAAAGACUCGGACGACAGUGCCGCCACGCCUCAGGACGAGACCGUGGAGGAGAGGGUUCGUAACGAGGGUCUGUCCAGCGGCACCCUGUCCAAGUCCAGCUCGUCCGGCAUGCAGAGCUGCGGCGAGGAGGAGGGCGAGGAGGGCGCCGACUCGGUGCCCCUGCCCCCGCCCAUGGCCAUCCAGCAGCACAGCCUGCUGCAGCCCGACUCCCAGGACGACAAGACCUCCUCUCGUCUGUCGGUCCGUCCGUCCAGCUCAGAGACCCCCAGUGCCGCCGAGUUGGUGAGCGCCAUCGAGGAGCUGGUCAAAAGCAAGAUGGCUCUGGAGGACCGACCCAGCUCUCUGUCGGUAGAGCAGGGAGACAGCAGCUCUCCCUCCUUCAACCCCUCCGACAACUCCCUCCUCUCCUCCUCCUCCCCCAUCGACGAGAUGGACGAACGCAAGAGCAGCAUCCUCAAGAAAAGACACUACAUUCUGCUGGAGUUGGUGGAGACAGAGAGAGACUAUGUCAGAGACCUCGGCCUGGUGGUGGAGGGCUACAUGAGCAGGAUGAAGGAGGAGGGCGUCCCUGAUGACAUGAAGGGGAAAGACAAGAUCGUCUUUGGCAACAUCCACCAAAUCUACGACUGGCACAAAGAUUUCUUCCUGGGGGAGUUGGAAAAGUGCUUGGAGGACCCCGACAGACUGGCCCCUCUCUUUGUCAAACAGGAACGGAGGCUAAACAUGUACGUGGUGUACUGUCAAAACAAGCCUAAGUCGGAGCACAUUGUCUCAGAGUACAUCGACACCUACUUCGAGGACCUGAAGCAGCGUCUGGGCCACAGGCUGCAGAUCACCGACCUGCUCAUCAAGCCGGUGCAGAGGAUCAUGAAGUACCAGCUGCUGCUCAAGGAUUUCCUGAAAUUAUCCAAAAAGGCUGGGCUGGAGUCAGUGGAGUUGGAGAAAGCGGUGGAGGUCAUGUGCAUCGUGCCAAAGAGGUGCAACGACAUGAUGAAUGUCGGCCGGCUUCAGGGAUUCGAUGGGAAGAUCGUGGCCCAGGGCCGCCUCUUGCUCCAGGACACAUUCCUGGUGGCCGACCCUGAAGGGAGUCUGCUGGGUCGGAUGAAGGAGCGGAGAGUUUUCCUCUUUGAGCAGCUGGUCAUCUUCAGCGAGCCCCUGGACAAGAAGAGAGGCUUCUCCAUGCCUGGCUUCCUCUAUAAGAACAGCAUCAAGGUCAGCUGUUUAGGUUUGGAGGAGAGCGUGGAAGGCGACCCCUGUAAGUUUAUCCUCACUUCUCGGUCGACCAAUGGAAGCACAGAGUCCUUUGUGCUGCAUUCCUCCCACCCAGGGGUGCGCCAGGUCUGGAUGCUACAGAUCAGCCAGAUACUGGAGAGCCAGCGCAACUUCCUCAACGCCCUGACCUCCCCGAUCGAGUACCAGAGGAACCACGUAGGGGCAAGCGGCGGGCCGUGUGCGCCCAACGUGGGAGCUCCAGCUGGGGGCAGCUGUGGGACCAGCGCAGCCCCUGGAAGUGGAGGUGCAGGCGGAGGCUCCCAGGGUAGUUCCAUCCCCACCGCACCCCAGGGCGGCUCUCGUCGGCCUUCCAGGAUCCCCCAGCCCUCCCGCCUGCCCCAGCCCCUACGCCACCAUCCCGGGGCCGAUUCUGACGGCCCCAGCAAGUUGUCAGGUUCGUCCCCCCGUCCUGCCCCUCCUCCCCUGCUCCCUGCAGGCAGUAGCCCACAGGGCAAGCGCCCCAUCCAGGCCCCAGACGACCAAACACAGGCCCCCACUCCUGCCAGUGCUGUAACCCCUAUACCCCGCGCCACAGUGGGGCCGCUGCCCACCACCCCUACUUCCAAACCUCGCCCCGGCGCCAUCUCCCCUAUGGCCCCACCCCUGGCUACUCCCGCCUUCGGCAAGGACGUCCUCCCCCCUCCCCCUCCCAGCCCUGGCCAGAAGUCCGGAUCUGGAUUCUGGAGCUCCAUGCCGGGCUCUCCGGCCAGCCGGCCUGGCUCGUUCACCUUCCCGGGGGAGGCAGGAGAGAGUCCGGUCCGUCCGAACCAAAACCAGACCCAGACCGGCUCUGGAUCUGGGAGUCAAAGCCAAACCCACAGACACUCCACGCACAGCAAGGAUGCCGACCGCAUGAGUACGUGCUCAUCGGCCAGCGAGCAGUCCAUCCAGUCCACCCAGAGCAACGGGAGUGAAAGUAGCAGCAGCAGUAGCAUGUCCACCAUGUUGGUGACCCAGGACUACGUGGCUGUGAAGGAGGAUGAGAUCAGCGUUAUUCAGGGCGAGGUGGUCCAGAUCCUGGCCAGCAACCAGCAAAACAUGUUCCUGGUGUUCAGGGCAGCAACUGAGCAGGGCCCCGCCGCCGAGGGCUGGAUCCCCGGAUACGUGCUGGGACACACCUCGGCCAUCGUUCCCGACUGCACAGAGGGAACCAUCAAUCGGAAGUCUUCAUCCUGGCAUACGUCCCUGCGCAUCCGGAAGAAGUCUGAGAAGAAGGAGAAGGAGGCAAAGAAGGAGACCAAGCUGGAAAAUGGUUACAGGAAGUCCAGAGAAGGCCUGGCCAAUAAGGUUUCAGUAAAGCUUCUAAAUCCAAACUACAUCUAUGAUGUCCCCCCAGAGUUCCUUGUACCCCUGAGUGACGUGACGUGCGACAACGGAGAGAGCGUCACCCUUAGGUGCAAGGUGUGCGGUCGACCCCGAGCCACCGUCACCUGGAAGGGACCCAAUCAGAGCAGCCUCACUAACAACGGACACUUCAGCAUCGCCUACAGUGAUACGGGUGAAGCGACCCUCAGGAUAAUCGGCGUAGCCUCUGAGGAUGACGGCGUUUACACUUGCGUUGCCACCAACGACCUGGGCAGCGUAACAUCGUCAGCUAGCCUCAGAGUGUUAGCUGUGUCUAGCGACGGGGUCAGAGUGAGCUGGAAAGACAACUUUGAGUCUCACUAUGCUGAGGUGGUGGAGCUGGGCAGAGGUCGUUUCUCUGUGGUCAAGCGUUGUGACCACCGGGGCACCAAGCGCACGGUGGCUGUCAAAAUGGUCAACAAGAAGCUGAUGAGGAGAGACCAGGUGACCCAGGAACUGAACCUGCUCCAGAGGCUCCAACACCCCCACCUAGUCAGUCUCAUAGACACGUAUGAAACCCCCAGCAGCUAUGCCCUGGUCCUGGAGAUGGUCGACCAAGGCCGUCUGCUGGAUUACAUCGUGAGCUGGGGCAAUCUGACGGAAGAGAAAGUGGCCUGCUACCUUCGGGACAUCUUAGAAGCUUUACACUACCUUCACAACUGCAGGAUAGUACAUUUGGACGUAAAACCUGAGAACCUGCUGGUGGCUCACAGCUCCAGCGGCCAGCCGACAGUCAAACUCACAGACUUCGGCGAUGCUGUCCAGCUGAACAGUGCCCAUUACAUCCACCCUCUCCUGGGCAGCCCCGAGUUUGCAUCCCCUGAGCUGGUGCUGGGAGAGCCGGUGUCGCUGACCUCUGACCUGUGGAGCCUGGGCGUGGUGACCUACGUGCUGCUGAGCGGCGCCUCCCCCUUCCUGGACGAGAGCGCCGAGGAGACGUGCCUGAACAUCUGCCGGCUAGACUUCAGUUUCCCCAGGGAUUACUUCCAGGGCGUCAGCCAGGCAGCCCGGGACUUCGUCUGCCUGCUGCUGAGGACCGACCCCGGCAGGAGGCCUCCGGCUGGGCUCUGCCUCCAGGAGCCCUGGCUGCAGGCUGGCCAGGCAGACGGCCGGGCCAGAGCGGAGGGCUGCCUGGACACCGCCCGCCUCAUCUCCUUCAUAGACCGGAGGAAACAUCAGACUGACGCCCGGCCCAUCGGAGGAGUCCGGACCUUCAUCCAAACUCGUCUCCAGCCCCGGAUUUGAGCCCCAAGGAGAGAUUGACAACCCUCAGCCCCUACCGCCUUGAGCUUUUUCAUAGAUCCGACCAGAUUGGAUAGACAGAAGUAACAUCGUGAAAACGAUAGUACACGUAUUAGUUGAAAAUGUUGUGUAGCUUAUUAUCUGUAAGCGCUAAGGCUGAAGGGGCAGCAAGUCCUCCGGAAUUGGGCAAUGUCAAGGGAGCGGAAAUAAUGAAUGCUGAUCUCAUCCUCUUUCACAAAAUGUUGAUUUUUUAAAGUUCUGUGGUCCUUUCACCAAUUAAAUUGAGGCCAACUUGAGGUCUUAAGCCAAUCAGAGCCCUAGAGAACAGAGUUCUCACCAAUCACACAAAAAGAUGGAUGUCCUUGUCUACUGCUGCUUGCUGGUUUCAACUCAAAACCAAUUUUGUAGUUAAGUAAACAAAAAUAGAAAAAAAAAAAACUUAUGAAGUAAUUUAUUUUCCUUUGCGAGAGUUAAAGCCGAUCAAAAGAGCCACGAGAUCGAGCCUUGACGCCACUGCACAGAGUAGCAGAGCUUUCAGGAGAAAGUGAUGCCAACAAGCUAGUGAUAGCGCUGAGAGCAACGCCACGCUUCCCUCUUGUUGCUAGAGAGGGACAGAGACAUUGUGUUUUUGCUCUUUUACACUAACUGUAAGUCAAAGACUUUUGAGAAGCACCCCUUUUCUUAAAGAAACAAUGUAUACAAAGGAAAGUACUGUCUAUAAAUUUUCAAGAACAUGUUUGAAAAAAAACAAAACAAAACACAAAUAUAGUAGAAAAUGUUCAUCAGUUGAAAGUUGCUGUGCUACUUGGGACUCUGUAGACACCCGGUCCUGGAAAGACUUUCCCAGCGACGGAGCCUCUCGACUUUACUGAGACAUUUAUACAUCCGAUCAGAGCUUUUUGAUUGCUGCGCUUACAGUAUGUACCCAAUCUAAGAUACCAUGAUGACCAUGUCGCAAGUAACAAUGCUGCACUGUCCAAUCUCUGAGAAGAAACAAUAGACAAAACGAUUCAUUGUUGGCUUUUCCUAGAACAAAAUUGUGUUGCGCAGAUAUAAGAUGUUUAAGCCUUACUUUGUAUAUAGACUUUCAACUGCCUUCUCUCCCUCACAUUCACAGCGGACGCCUGCUCUUUGAGCGGCAGGACAGAUAACUCUCAGACUGAUUGUCGUUAGGUGUCGGAGCCCUGAGCGGCUGCAGGGAUCGCCAAUCGGAUGGGAGCGAAUGUGGAGGGGGAGGAAGACAAAUUACUGUAAAUGCACUCAUUGUAUGUUACGUUUCUGAUUCUUAUCAUGUGCAAUGUUGCGGCUUUAACAUUUUAUGCAACUAUUUAUGAAGACAUCUGUUGUAUCUGUAAUAAAUCUAGAGAAAAGCAUGUACUUGGUACUGCAAGCACUGCUGGUAGUUGUGUUUAUUUGAUUAUUUGAUCUGUUGAGUAUUAUGACUUCCAGGCCAAUUUUUAGGGGUCACAAUCUCACAUGACAGUUUGAUCAAAAAUAAUUUAACACUUUUUGUACUGUACUGUACGCCUAUGUAGUUAUUGGUACACCAAAGUUGCUCUAGCUUUACAGUACUUAAUUAAAUGUUUUAUUGUGAUUAUGGCUCACUUAAGUUAGGUAUACUAUAACCACAAGGAAUAAUUGUUUACACAACACAAACACUACAUCGGAAGGACUCGAUUACUUUGCUGCGUCCUCCAUUCCCUUCAUUGCAAUGCAGGGAAUCACUGAAAGACGAUGCUGUUUUAAUUUAGGUAGGAAUGAGCAGUGCAGUCUAAUCUGAAGAGCUACAUGGCAGAUAUUUUUGCAUCUUUAGAUGAUUGCCGUUCACACUCUGUGUACAGAUACUGUUUUGCCAAAAUCUGUCUUUUAUAAAACCCCUGUUCCUGUAGAGGAGGAAACACUUUAGAGGAAGAGUGAUGUUCUUGUUUUGUGCUCUUACAACGGCACAAACCCAAACGCAAGAUUUACUCUGAGUGUCAGCGUCUCCAGUGAUUUGACUAUCACUGACGUUAUUUUAGCUUCAUCAAUAUCCUUGCUGGAAAUGAAAGCUCACACACAUGCAGAGCCAAGAGUAUCACCGCCUAACUUGACUAAAUGUGUUAUUUUGUGGUUCGGAUGCAUUACCAGGAAGAGAAAGAGACCCCAGUCCUGCUUCUAUGACCUUUUUUAUUUAUUAUUAUUUAGUGUGCAAAGGCCAUUAAAAACAAGGACUUGGACUGGAUACCUCAGUUUUAAUUUCUUCCUUUUUUGUCUUGUGUUUCCAGUUUAAUUUGUUUCAUGAUUAUUAUUUUUUGUUUUGUUUUGUUUUGUUUUUUUUGUUUUGUUUUUAUCAUUGCAUGUAUAUUCCUUUGUACAGACCAUACCUAUUAUUUCUUGUAAAUAUUUUCAUUUGCCAUCAGUUAUUUGAGAAUUAAACAUACUGAACACAUG